GGAGGUGGCGGCGGCGCAUGCGGACAAGUGCUGGGGGCGGCAGCAUCCAGACGCGUCAGUUUCGCGCCACCAGUGCGGCCGUCCAGUCAUGACGUCGAGUUGACGAGAUGUUCCUCUUGCUUCUGCUGCCCGUCCUCCCGACGGUCCUCGCUGCUGAGGACAACGACACUAUCGUGUGCCAGGACGGGCUCCUUCUUCCGGUAUGGCUUCCACAAGACAACCUCACUGCGGGCGAUCGUGUCGCUCGUGGGAUGGUCUACUUCAUCGCUCUGAUGUAUCUGUUUCUCGGGGUUUCCAUUAUUUCGGACAGGUUCAUGUCGGCCAUAGAAGUGAUUACCUCUCAAGAACGCGAAGUGACUGUGGCCAAGAAAGGCGGCGUCGAGCAAAAGAUCGUCGUCCGAGUGUGGAAUGAAACUGUCGCGAAUUUGACAUUGAUGGCCUUAGGGUCGUCCGCCCCCGAGAUUCUCCUUUCCAUUAUAGAAAUAUACGCCAAGAGCUUCCAGGCCGGUGAUCUCGGUCCCGGAACUAUUGUCGGUUCUGCUGCAUAUAAUCUAUUCGUUAUUAUCGCUCUAUGUAUUUCCGUCAUUCCUAAUGGUGAAACUAGAAAAAUUAAGCAUCUAAAUGUGUUUUUUGUGACGGCCACGUGGUCCGUGUUCGCGUACGUGUGGUUGUAUGUUAUCCUUGCAGUGAUAUCCCCGGGAAAGGUUGAGGUAUGGGAAGGCAUACUCACUUUCUCGUUCUUCCCCAUGACAGUAGGCACAGCUUAUAUUGCCGAUAGACGCAUCGCUUUGCACAAAAUACCCUUUAAGAAGUUCCGUCUCAACAGGAAUCGAGUAAUUGUGGCAGCGGAGAGUGCCGAUAUCGAAAUGGACAAGGAGCCAGAAGUGGAGCUUCUCGACGACACCUUGGAGCAAGCUAGAAAAGACUACUCCAACGUCCUGCGAGAGUUGAGGAAACAGUUCCCGCAAAAACCGAUUGCAGAGCUGGAGAUCUUAGCGAAGGAGCAGAUUGAUAACAGCGGCCCAAAGUCUCGAGCAUACUACCGUGUGAUGGCGACUCGCAGUAUGACUGGUGGCAGCAUGGGUCGGGCUAGGGCAAACUCUAUCUCCGCUGCUAGGAGACCGUCUUCUACCACCGAUGACGUCACCAAAUUCUACUUCGACCCCGCCACAUACACCGUCCUGGAGAACAUCGGGACCUUUGAGAUAACUGUGGUACGAGAGGGCCGUGAAGUAAACUGCCCCGUCAUCCUAGAGUACCGCACUGAGGACGGAACAGCAACGGCGGGCACGGACUACGUGGGGGCCUCGGGCACUUUGGUCUUCAAACCCGGUGACACUCAGCAGACCAUCAACCUGCAGAUUAUCGAUGAUGACCUCUUUGAGGAAGACGAACACUUCUUCGUCCACUUGACCGAUCUCAAGGUCCAGGGUCAAGCGACUCACUCUGUCAAACUGGUCGCUCCGAAGAUAGCCAAAGUUCUCAUCCUCGACGAUGAUCACUCGGGCGUCUUCUCGUUCCCGGAAGCGACAAUUGACGUUCCGGAGUCCGAGGGUAUGUACGAGUUACCGGUCGAGCGAAGUAGUGGUGCACGAGGAAAGAUAAGAGUUCCCUACAGAACCGAAGAUGGAACUGGCAAAGCGGGUAAAGACUACGUGGAGACUCAUGGAUAUGUUAUCUUUGAAGACAACGAAACCAGGCGGACCAUUCCUAUCGGCAUUGUACCCGAGCACUGCUACGAGCGGAACGUUUCUCUUUACGUUGAAUUGGGGGAGCCAGAAGAAGUUGUGGAGACUGAACGGUCGACUAGAUCACCCUCCGCCAGUGUGAUCGCUGCCAACGCUGUCCACUCCUAUCUCUAUGGCUCCUAUGGAAGUCUUGGUCACAAAGACAACCAAGUGCCAAAUAACAUUAACCACAAGCGAGAGGAGGAGAUGACCUCUGAGGAGAAGAUUGCUAUGGAGGGCAGGCCAAAGCUAGGAGCGAUAGCCAGGGUGCAGAUCAACAUUAGGGAAAGCGACGAGUUCAAGAACACGGUGGACAAGUUGGUCCAGAAGCGAGGAGCCUCCGCCAUCUCCGUAUCAACGUCUUCCUGGGGCGAACAGUUCGCUGAGGCCAUUCGGGUCAAUCCUGAGCCGCCAGAAGGCGAGGAGGACGGUCUGCCAGAGACCACGGGCUGUGGAGGAUACCUUAUACAUUUCCUCACGAUCUUCUGGAAAAUCUUGUUUGCAUUUGUACCGCCAGCUGAUAUGUGUUCCGGAUACUUGUGUUUUGUGUUCUCCAUAUUUUGGAUUGGAGUGCUGACUGCCGUGAUCGGCGACCUGGCAUCUCACUUUGGAUGCACGGUGGGUCUGCAAGACGCUGUGACGGCCAUCACAUUCGUGGCUCUUGGGACCAGCGUGCCUGACACGUUCGCCAGCAAGGUGGCCGCCAUACAAGACGCGACUGCUGACAACUCCAUAGGCAAUGUGACUGGCAGCAACGCUGUCAACGUAUUCCUGGGCAUUGGAGUGGCUUGGUCCAUCGCGGCCAUCUAUCACGCAAUGCAUGGCAACGUGUUCAUCGUGCCCCCGGGAAAUCUGGGGUUCUCGGUUAUGCUGUUCUGCACAGAAGCCUUGUUCGCCAUCGCAGUUCUAAUGAUACGGCGCAGCAAGUACGUCGGAGGCGAGCUGGGAGGCCCAACCACCAUCAAAUACAUCACCAGCGCAUUCAUGUUCAGCCUCUGGCUCUUCUACAUCACCAUGUCGACCUUGGAGGCGUACGGAAUGCUUUCCUUUUAAAGACAUUGACUUUUGUUAUCUUUAAGUAUUACUUUUUAUAAAUACCUUCCUCAUAAAGUUGCGAUUCCGUGUUUCGGAGAGUGAUAUAAGUACCUAUAGUUUAUUUAAGACCCAUCCUAUUACUUGUAAAGAGAUAUUAAACAUUGUUAAUUAAAUUUACUUUUUAA